CAUUUAUCGAUGGGUGUGAAGCUCACUGCAGUUCUCCUGGUCUUUCUCUACCUACAAGUCAGUCUCUGCAAUGGAGUUUCAAUUAACGGAUGCAGAGAAUCUGAAAGGAAAGCACUUCUUGAUUUCAAAGAAGGGCUUAAAGAUCCCGGAAGACGGCUAUCGUCUUGGAUUGGCCAAGACUGCUGCACUUGGAGCGGAGUUCAAUGUGAUAACCAAACAGGGUAUGUUGUGCAACUUGAUCUUGGGAACAAGAGGCCUCUUCAUAACAUGUUUCAAUAUGGCCUACGUUCUGAGCAGCUGGAAGGAAAGAUCAAUCAUGCUUUGCUUGGCUUGAAACACUUGCAAUACUUGGACCUCAGCAUGAACUUCUUUGGAGGUUGCAUCAAAGAUAGUUUGGAGAUACUGAGCUGGGUCUGCAGUGAACUCACAGGGCAUUUUCCAGAUUGGCUAGGAAAUCUCAAGUCUCUCAGGAUGCUCAAUCUCUAUUACAACUCAUUUCAUGGGCCAUUCCUUCAACUCAGGCUUCAUUCUUUGAUAAAAUUGGAUAUUUCUCGCAAUGCAUUUAACGGAAGUGUCCCAGUCAAUUUGGGUCAACUCUAUCCAAAACUUGUGUUUUUGGAUUUUGCUUAUAAUAAUUUGACAGGUGUUUUCACUGAGGCUCACUUGGUUGGUCUUGCAAAGCUUCAGCAUCUUGGCUUCUCUGCUAAUGAAUUCAGGGUUGAUUUUGGUUCACAAUGGGUACCUCCUCUUGGCUUAAAGAUGCUUGUCAUGUGGAACACUAAAUUAGGACCAGGAUUUCCUUCAUGGAUUCAAAAGUUGGAGAAUCUCUCAGCUGCUGUUUUUUCGAAUGCUGGUAUUUCAGACAGUUUACCAGACUGGUUUUGGAACUUUUCAAAGAAUCUUCAAAUUGUAGAUUUAUCACAUAAUGAUAUCCGAGGAAAGCUUCCUACUUCAUUAGAGCAUCUCUCCAAUCUUCGGUAUGUUGAUCUAAGUGGAAACUCAUUUGAAGGAUCAGUGCCACAAUUUCCUGAAAAUUUAGUGUACUUGCUUCUGUUUUCCAAUAAGAUAGCAGGAAGGGUCCCAAAAACAUUAUGUUAUCUGAAGAAGCUGGUAGCUCUUGAUCUCUCUAAAAAUCAGCUUAUAGGAGUAAUUCCUGAUUGCUGGAAUCAUUCUCUCCACCCAAGAUUAUUCACUUUUGAUUUUUCCGACAAUAAAUUAUAUGGAGGUAUUCCUGCAACCCUCUGUUCUCCAUCUUUGGCUUAUUUGCACUUAAGCAAUAAUAAUUUGUCGGGAGAGCUCCCUUUAUCUUUGAGAAAUUGUAAAGCAUUGAGGACUCUUGAUCUUGGCCAGAAUAAGAUUGGUGGAAGCAUACCUACUUGGCUUGCAAAAAGCUUACUAAACCUGGAGGUACUUCAACUCCGACAGAACAUGCUUGUUGGUAACAUUCCUCCUGAGUUGGGUAACCUUACUAAUCUUCGGGUCAUAGACUUUGCAUAUAACCAUCUGUCAGGUACCAUACCAUACAAUCUGGGUAACCUUAGAGCCAUGAAGUUUGCUCCCGCUAUCUCCUAUAACAGAAAGGUUGCACUUGUGAUAUAUGAUAAACUUGCCGCUGGUUAUGUUGACAACAUGGAAGUUCUUUACAUGGUAUCAAGUAAACUUGUAUUGGGCUACAUGGAUAGUAUCAAGGUGAAUUUAAAAGGGCGAGAUGUUCAAUAUGAUAAGUUACUCCCACUUCUCAUUUCUGUAGAUCUCUCAAGAAACGAGUUAUCAGGGGAGAUUCCUGAAGAACUAAUGUAUCUUUCUUAUUUACAAAAUCUGAAUUUAUCUGAAAACCAUUUGACGGGAAGAAUUCCAGAAAAGAUCGGCAUGUUAUUGAGGGUAGAAUCACUUGAUUUAUCAAAGAAUGAUCUUUCAGGGACUAUUCCAACAACAAUGAUCAUGCUAACUUUCUUAAGUCAUCUAAACCUAUCAUAUAACAAUUUUUUUGGAAGAAUUCCACACAGCGGGCAGUUCCCAGCGCUUCCAGAUCCUUCUAUCUAUCUUGGAAAUAAUGCCCUUUGUGGUUUUCCAUUGCAUAAUAACUGUGAAAAUAUUGAUGGACAAUCUAGUGUAUGGUCCCCUAAAGAUGAAGAUGAGGUGGAGAAGAUAGGGUUCUACGUGAGCAUUGCCUUGGGAUACAUUCUUGGGUUUUGGAUUCUGUGGGGCGUGUUGCUGCUCAACAAGAAAUGGGGAUUCGCAUAUUUUCAAUUUGUUGACUAUUUGAUACAUGCUACUGGGGAUUGUCUUUGGAAGUGAAAAACAACUAAUUUGUAGACGUAUAAGUAUGGUGCCAAUAGUCACAUGCAUGUUAUUGUGUAUAGCUUGGUGAUAUGCUCAUGCUUGCCCGUGGUUGUACAAAUAAUGUAAAAUGACAUUAUAAUAUCUUUGGUCUUGAGUUUAAGUCUUACUGGAUACAGUGAUAGUAAU